GGGGGCGUCGUUCUCGGUCGCCUCGGCCUCGCUGGUUGGCCGAAUUGGCCUUGUCUGCCAGGUAUAUGAACGUCCCCCCAGAUCGUCCUUGCACUUCUCCCAGAUCAUCCUUGCACUUCCGCCCCGGUCUCGGCUCGCUCUGUUCGGCUCCAUGCUCGUCGCCUGUCGCUCCAAGGUCGUCGUUGGCUCCGGCCGCGCCUGGUUCUCGUCCUGUGCGGUCGCCGCCCAUGCCUCACAUGGUCCGGGCUUCCCCGAGAACAAGCUCCACCACAUUCCCACCAGUGGAACCUAUCCCCUCGGCUUCCGGGCCGGCUCCGUCCACGCCGGCGUCAAGAAGAAGGCGGGAGCGAAAGACCUGGUCCUGGUCUCGUCCGAGCAUGCCUGCACCGCCGCGGCUGUCUUCACGACCAACGCCUUUGCGGCCGCUCCCGUCAAAGUCAGCCGCAAGCUCGUCGAGGGCCAGUCCCCCGCGUCGCCAAUCUACAACGUCGUUGUCAACUCGGGGUGCGCCAACGCCUGCACGGGCGACCAAGGCCUCGAGGACGCUCUGACCAUGUCCAAGAUCACGACCGAGUCGGCCCGAGCCAUCAACGGCACCCACGGUACCCCGGCACCCAACUCGUUGGUCAUGUCGACCGGUGUCAUUGGCCAGCCCCUCCCCAUCGACAAGAUCGCCAGCGGCAUCGAGGCCCUGGCUGCCUCGGGCCUGAAGCAGGGCCACGAAGGCUGGAUGGAGGCUGCCGUCGGCAUCAUGACCACCGACACCUUUCCCAAGCUCAGGAGCAAGGAGUUUGUUGGCAAGAGCGGCAAGUACCGAAUGGCCGGAUGGUGCAAGGGCGCUGGCAUGAUCCACCCCAACAUGGCCACCAUGCUUUCCUCGGUCUUUACCGAUAUGUCUGUUUCGCGCGAGUGCCUCGACAAGGCCCUCAAGUAUGCCGUCAGCCGAUCCUUCAACGCCAUCAGCAUCGACGGCGACACCAGCACCAACGACACUCUCACCGUCCUGGCCAACGGCGCCGCCAACGCCGGCACCAUCAACGACCCCAACAGCCCCGAGUUCCUUGAGUUCCAGCAGAACCUCACCGAGUUCUCCGCCGAGCUGGCCAAGCUGAUCGUCCGCGACGGAGAGGGAGCCACCAAGUUUGUCGACGUCCGCGUUUCGGGCGCUCGCAGCUUCGAUGAGGCUAUGACCGUUGCCAGCACCAUCUCCACCUCGCCGCUCGUCAAGACUGCCAUCUACGGCCGCGACGCCAACUGGGGCCGCAUCGUUUGUGCCGUCGGCUACAGCGGUGUCCAGAUCGUUCCCGAAAAGGUCAACCUCCACAUGCUCUCUGGCGACGAAAAGAUCUCGCUGCACCUCUUCAAGGACGGCGCUCCUUUUGAUGUCAACGAGGACGUUGCCGCCAAGAUCCUCGAGGGUGAGGAUGUCAUUGUUCACGUCGACCUGGGUCUCGGCCAGGAGAGCGCUAACAUGUACACCUGCGACUUCUCGACCGAGUACGUCAAGAUCAACGGCGACUACCGCUCUUGAGCGGAUCGCAGGAUAGCAUCGUGCCUCCACCUCCACCUCCACCUCUACCUCCACUUCCAUCUUCCUCUCCCUCGCGCCACCUGUAUAUGGUCUUGACUUUUGCCAUCCAACUUUUCCCCCUUCCAUUUCUUGUACUCUGCUGGUCGCUUUGACAUCCAAAGCCACAGGCGCAUUGGUGCGGAUGCACUAAUAUACUGGUGUUCUCAAAGCCAAU